AUGAAGUUAUUUCAGGCAGAUCAUUUAUUCAAUUAUCCUUGGGAUCAAGUAACCGCCGCUAAUUGGCAAAAAUACCCUAACGAGCUUUCAACGCAUGUGGUUUCAGUUGAUGUUUUAAACAGAAGCUUAGUUAAUGACCAUAUUCUACGCACCGAAAGGUUAAUUGGGUGCAAACAAUCAAUACCGCGAUGGCUUUCAUUCUUGGUUGGUGGAGCAUCAAUGAGUUAUGUUCGUGAAGUGUCAGAAAUAGAUUUAAAUAACAAGACUUUGGUGAUGAAAUCAAUGAAUUUAACGAUGAAUCAUUUGUUGUUGGUGAAGGAAACUGUUAUUUAUAGACCUGAUUUGGAUUUACCAUCACACAAGACUACGUUUAACCAGAGCGCAGAAAUCACCGCCUUUGCUGGGGUAUCGAAAUUGUGUGACAAAUUGGAACAUUGGAGCGUUGAAAGAUUUGGCCAAAAUGCUCAAACAGGGAGAUUGGCAUUUGAAAACGUUUUGAAUCGUUUAACUGAGAAAUGGGAACAAACUGGUGUUUUCUUAAAGAGUUGA